AUGUGUGACUUUGAAAGCUCCGUUCUUCUCGACCAGCUCGCCGCUCCCGCCACGCCUUCGGCAACAAGUCCAUCUCCGUCCCCUGCGCAAGAUGCAACUUUGAGCGUCCCGCGGCCAUCACCAUCGGUGGCCUCGCCUUCCCAGGCGCGGGCAACGCCCGUGGUCUCUCAGCCGGAGCCAGAUACGUCGAGACCUGUGGACAGGCUGCUGGAACUGCGCCUUCUCCAUCAGUACACCACCAGCACGUGCAAGACGUUGCUCACCAGCUCACCCGCCACGGAUGACAUUUGGCAAAAGGCCGUGCCUGACAUGGCCUUCCGAGGCAAGACCUACUUGGCUGACGCCAUGCUCUCCGUGGCAGCUCUGCAUCUACGAUCACAGGCGCCCACCGACAAGGCCCUGGUUCGGGCAUCGCAUGCGUAUUCUGCGUCGACACUGGCGGCGUAUGUUGGAACCUUGAACAAUGGCAUCACGCCCGACAAUGCCGAGGCGCUCUUUCUGACUGCCGCGCUGAUUGCUUUUCAGGCUACGGCACAGCGCAUUUUCAUCAAGGACGACACGGAAACGACGGCCAAAGACGCGUCCAGUCGAUACACCACGCCCAUGGCCUGGUUCCAUGCGUUUCAAGGCGUCAAAACCGUUGUUGCGACUUCUUGGCAAUGGAUACGCAACAGCAACAUCGUCCAGGCCGUUAUCGACUCGCAACCAAGCUUUCAGCUGGAUCUGAACCCCCUGGGUCCCAAUUCCUUUUUUGGCCAUCUCUUGGACGGCCUGGACGAUGAGCUUGCAAAUGAAGGCCAGGACAAGGCGAGCGCCACUAGUCAGGGCUACUUCCACGCCGUCAGCGUCUUGAAUUGGGCUCACAAAAACCCCUUUGCCCCGGCGGCGCUGGCCUUUCCCGCCACUGUAUCCCGCAGAUUUGUCGAGGUGGUUGAGGAGAGACGCCCCCGGUCCCUCGCCAUCCUGGCCUGCUUCUUUGCGCUCCUCAAACGCAUGGACAGCGUAUGGUGGCUCGAGGAUGUCACGCGCCGCGAGGUCAUGGGCCUGGUCAGUCUAUUCGAGUCGGGCUCUCCAUGGUGGAAGCAUCUGGAAUGGCCAGUGCGUAUUGCCCUUUGGGACGGAGGGACGAUACCGCCCGACGUUUGGGGCGUGGACUAUGAAAAGGAAGCCGAGUCGAGCACGGGCAACGGCGACACCAUGGUCAGCCACAUUGAAUUGUUCUCCAAACUGACGAGCAAUCCACAAGCAUCUGCAUCCAUGUCAGCACAGGCCGAGCUGGAACUGAUGGUUGUGCCUCUCGAUUAG